CUGCCGAACCAGUAACAGGAAGAGCCUGAUCCUGACCAGCACGUCCCCGACGCUGCCGCGGCCCCACUCCCCCCUCCCGGGUCACAUCGGCAGCAGCCCCCUGGACAGCCCGAGGAACUUCUCCCCCAAUGCACCCGCCCACUUCUCCUUCACCACCUCGCGCAGGGCAGACGGGCGCCGCUGGUCUCUGGCUUCCCUUCCCUCGUCCGGAUAUGGAACCAACACGCCCAGCUCCACCGUGUCGUCAUCCUGCUCGUCCCAGGAGCGGCUGCACCAGCUGCCCUACCAGCCCACCAUGGACGAGCUGCAUUUCCUCUCCAAGCACUUCGGCAGCACCGAGAGCAUCACGGACGACGAUGGGGGGCGCCGCUCCCCCGCCGUGCGCCCCCGGUCCCGGAGCCUCAGCCCGGGCCGCUCCCCCUCCUCCUACGACAACGAGAUAGUGAUGAUGAACCAUGUGUACAAGGAACGGUUUCCCAAGGCCACGGCGCAGAUGGAGGAGAAGCUGCAGGAUUUCAUCACGGCCUUCGAGCCGGAGAGCGUGCUGCCCCUGGCCGACGGGGCGCUCAGCUUCAUCCACCACCAGGUGAUCGAGCUGGCCCGGGACUGCCUGGCCAAGGCCCGCGCGGGGCUGAUCACCAGCGUCUACUUCUACGAGCUGCAGGAGAACAUGGAGAAGCUGCUGCAGGACGCCUACGAGCGCUCGGAGAGCCUGGAAGUCGCCUUCGUGACCCAGCUGGUGAAGAAGCUGCUGAUCAUCAUCUCCCGCCCGGCGCGGCUCCUGGAGUGCCUGGAGUUUAACCCCGAGGAGUUUUACCACCUGCUGGAGGCGGCUGAGGAUCACGCCAAGGAGGGACACCUGAUGAAGACGGACAUUCCCCGCUACAUCAUCAGCCAGCUGGGCCUCACCCGCGACCCCUUCACAGACAUGGUGCAUCUGGAGGAACACGACAGCGGUGGAUCCAACACGCCCGAGACAGACGAGUUCAUGGAGGGUCGGGGAGCUGCCCUGAAACACAAGAAACCGCCCGGAGAAGGGGACUUUGAAACCAUCAAACUUAUUAGCAAUGGAGCCUAUGGGGCCGUGUACUUGGUGCGGCACAAGGAGACCCGGCAGCGCUUUGCCAUGAAGAGGAUCAACAAGCAGAACCUGAUCCUGCGGAACCAGAUCCAGCAGGCGUUCGUGGAGCGGGACAUCCUCACCUUCGCCGAGAACCCCUUCGUCGUCAGCAUGUUCUGCUCCUUCGAGACCAAGCGCCACCUCUGCAUGGUCAUGGAGUAUGUGGAAG